AUGGAGGAUGAUGCUAAGAAGUUGGAAGAAGGCCGUCUUCAUAACAAGGAUGAUUUGAUCAGUGAGAAAGUAAAUACAACAUCUGAUCACAAUGGUCGUGGAGAUGCCAUUGACCAUGAUCAUGAGGAUCAUCAUGAGGAGAAGAACAAAGCAGCGGUGGCGGCAGCGCCUCUGGAGGCGGACCAAAUCAAGGGGGAGGAGCAACCAGUACUAGUUGUUAAGCAGAAAAGCAAGAGGGUUGCUACUUUGGAUGCAUUCAGAGGCCUCACCAUAGUGGUGAUGAUAUUGGUAGAUGAUGCUGGAGGAGCAUACGCACGUAUUGACCAUUCACCAUGGAACGGAUGCACAUUGGCCGACUUUGUGAUGCCCUUCUUCCUCUUCAUUGUGGGGGUCGCCAUAGCCCUUGCUCUCAAGAAAAUUCCCAAGAUCAAUGAUGCAAUCAAGAAGAUUAUUUUAAGGACAUUGAAGCUUAUGUUUUGGGGAAUCAUUUUGCAAGGAGGAUACUCCCAUGCGCCAGAUGAUCUCGCUUACGGAGUUGACAUGAAACAAAUUCGAUGGUUUGGCAUCCUCCAGAGAAUAGCAUUGGUUUACUUUGUUGUUGCUCUAAUAGAGACACUCACCACCAAGCUUAGACCAACUGUCCUUGAGCCUGGCCACCUCUCUAUUUUCACAGCAUAUAAAUGGCUUGGAGGGUUCGUCGCUUUCCUCAUCUACAUGAUCACAACAUUUUCAUUAUAUGUUCCAGAUUGGAGUUUCGUGGUAGACAACGAUCAUAGAUCGAAAAAAUACUUGGUUAAGUGUGGGAUGAGAGGACAUCUAGGACCUGCUUGCAAUGCAGUUGGAUAUGUGGAUCGACAGGUCUGGGGCAUAAACCAUCUCUACACACAACCUGUUUGGAGACGCUUGAAGGCCUGCACUCUUAGUUCUCCGAGUGACGGUCCUCUUCGAGAGGGAGCUCCAAGUUGGUGCAGAGGUCCAUUUGAACCAGAGGGCUUGCUGAGUUCCAUUUCAGCUAUCCUUAGCGGCACCAUUGGCAUCCAUUAUGGGCACGUUUUGAUCCAUUUCAAGGGUCACUCUGAGAGGCUCAAACAAUGGGUUUCAAUGGGGUUUAUCUUGAUUGUCAUGGCCAUCAUUCUACAUUUCACAGAUGCUAUUCCAAUCAAUAAGCAACUCUACAGCUUCAGCUACGUUUGUUUCACAGCUGGUGCAGCUGGACUGGUUUUUUCUGGAUUUUAUUUACUGAUUGAUGUUUGGGGCUACCGGACGCCGUUUUUGUUCCUAGAAUGGAUAGGAAUGAAUGCAAUGCUAGUGUUUGUGAUGGCAGCUCAGGGCAUCUUUGCAGCAUUUGUAAAUGGAUGGUAUUAUAAAUCUCCAGACAAUUCACUUGUGCAUUGGAUCCAGGAACAUGUUUUCAUCAAUGUAUGGCACUCAGAGAGGCUAGGAACCCUCCUAUAUGUCAUAUUUGGUGAGAUCUUAUUCUGGGGAGUAGUUGCAGGCAUCUUGCACAAAUUCAGAAUAUACUGGAAGCUGUAGAAGCAGAAAAACAGAAGGCAACAAAGAUUAAAA